CAAAGAAAUCUCAAUCUUAGGACAAAGCCCGGCGGCUCAAACUUUCCCUUUUUCCUCGGGCCGGUCCGGCCGGGCGGGUUGUUUCCGCCCGGACUCGUUGAGCAGCGCACGGCGCCAUGGCGGCCGCCGGGGGCUGAGGGCCGAGCCGCCAUGUUCUGCAAGGCGUUCCGAGUCAGGGCCAGCACCGCCAUCAAGGGAUCCGAGCGGAAAAAGCUGCGAGCUGAUGUUGCGGCUGCUUUUCCCAGUCUGAGCGCUGAGCGGUUGGCGGAGUUGAUUCCAAACAAGGAUGAGCUGAAUGUCAUCAAGAUAUACACUCACAAAGGGGAGGCUGGCACUGUGUACACGAAUAGCAGGAACCCGAUCCUGUUUGAGAUUGAAAAAGCUCUGUAUCCCACAGUGUAUACUUUGUGGGUCUACCCAGAUCUUCUCCCUGCUUUUUCAACAUGGCCCCCUGUGCUACAGAAGUUAGCAGGAGGAGCAGAUCUGAUGCUGCCAGGGGUUGUAGUGCCAUCUUCUGGCUUUCCACAAGUAGAGCGAGGCACGCUCUGUGCUGUCACCCUCCUGGGAAACAGAGCUCCUGUAGCAGUUGCAGCUGCUGCUAUGUCCACCACAGAGAUGCUGGCUGCUGGAAUGAAAGGCAAGGGCUUUGCUGUGUUGCAUACUUACAUGGAUCAUCUCUGGGAAUAUGGUGACAAAUCUUGUCCUCCUACCUUAGCUCCCUUGGUAGCAGAUCCUGCUGAAAAGGAGAAUGCUGAAAACGAGGAAGAGGUGGAGGGGAAAAAGCCUGGCAGCAGGUUCUCCACUGACACACCACAGCAUGUGAACAUUGGUGAUUUGAGCCUGAAGGAGCAAAAUAGUUGUGCAGUAGUGAUGGGAAAGGAGGAACUCAAUGAGAACAGAGCUGCAGAACCAGCUGAGGAUGGUAGCACAGGGGCUCAGCAGGAUGCAGAGGACAGCAGGACACCACAAGAGCAAAUGGAUGCAUUAUUUAAUCAGUGCUUUUUUCAUGCUUUAAAAUGCAAAGUGAAGAAGUCAGACCUCCCUCUGCUCACCAGCACAUUUCUACGCAGCCAUAUGUUCUCAUGCUGCCCUGCUGGACAGCAGUUGGAUAUAAAGAAGUCAAGCUAUAAGAAGUUUUCUAAAUUCCUGCAAAGUAUGCAGCACCAGAAGAUCUUACAAGUGAAGGAGCUGACCAAGGGCGUGGAAAGCAUUGUGGAGGUGGACUGGAAGCAUCCAGACAUUAAAGCAUUUGCAGUACCUGAAGGAUUUUCUUCAGCCUCUGCUGCCCAAGACAGCAAGAGUGAAGACAGGGAACAAGUAUACCGUGCUCCUGAAAUCAUUCCUCUGUAUGGGGUCUCAGCAAAGAUGGUGCCACUCUUUCAGGACUCUGGACACAGAAAAGGAAGCAUCCUCUCAAGCAGCGAGGUGAGAAACAUCAUCAUUAACUACGUGAAGACUAACGAGUUGGUUGAUGAAACAAACAAGAACUUUGUGAAAGUCAAUGCCAUUCUGUGUGACUGCCUGCUGGAUAAAUCAGAGCAAGAUGAAAUCUCACACCUGAAGUGGGAUGACCUUGUGAGCAGGUGCCUCGAGCGUCUGCAGCCCUUACACCAGGUGACAUUUUGUGGACAAGAACCUAUUGUGAGGAAAGGAAACAUUGAGCCCAUUGACAUAACCACUGCACAGAGGUCGUCAAACAAGAAGGUGACAAUCAUCAGGAACCUCGAGCUGUAUGGUUUAGACCCCCAGUGUGUGGCCAAUAUUCUACAACAGAAAGUUCAGGCCAGCACCACCGUCACCCCAGUGCCUGGAGCAAAAGACAGAGUUCAGGUCCAGAUCCAAGGCAACCAAGUCCAUCAUCUGGCCAAGAUGCUGCUAGAAGAAUACCAACUACCUCGGAAAUACAUCCAAGGCCUUGAGAAGGCUCCAAAGCUCGGCCGGAAAAAGUAGGAGAAAAAUCUAUUGUAAGAAUUAAUCAGCUCUCAUUAUUUAUAGAAACGUCCUGCCAACAGAUCAAGGUUGUGUACAGGCCUUAUUCAUUCAAAGCCCUGCAUUUCUACAUGGGCUGGGAUUAUCCCAAAUAAUAAUGUUGCUCUAAGUGAUCGUUUUUCAUAAGAAUAAAAAGCUGAAAAAAAAAAUAAUAAUAGCUUUAUCCUUUUCCAUAUAUUUUCCAAUAUAUGGGCAUCCCAUUUUUUUUUUUGCUAUAGAACCUCACAGCCAGCCUGAAAUUCUUACUUACCACCUUUGGAACCAAAGCACUGUGAUAGCACCUCAUCCAGAAUGUUCCAGGACAUUGUGCCAUAGAGCAUUUGUGUCACAUAAAAAAGCAUUUGGCUUAGAUGUCAUCCCUGUAAACACUUCCAGGUAUUGAUAUGAAGACAUUCCAGGGUGCAGAGCAAACUCUUACUUGCAUGUAUAACGUUAACUGCAGCUUAUGAGAGGUAGUAGCUCUGUCAAAGCCAUCUAAAUACAAGAGACAAAUUAAUACUAAUAAAUACUAAAGACAAUUAAUGGAACACUUGGAUUCUCAGAAUUAGAUGCUCUGUGCUGCUUUCAUUGAAGUUUAGACUUCACAUUCAAUUCUGGAAGGACUCCCAUAUUUUGCCUUUAGAUUCAAGGCAAGAAAAUGCCAUAAGAGGGCGCCAGAAAAAUAAGUCAGAGAUUUAAUUAUUUUAAUUAGUGACAGUUUUAUUGUCGUUGUCUUUUACACUGUCUGCAUAUGAAUAAGUAGUUUCAGAACCUUCAAAAAAAAAAAAAAAAGCUGGGAGUGAGACAUUUUUUAAAAAUGCCAUAGAAUUCCUAAGGAGUAAUAAAAAUAA